GUUUCCCCGUGCAACGUGCGCGACAUCUGCGACUUCAGCGGGACGUGACCAACGCAUCAAUUGGCAGGCGUGCCAAUCGCCGGCGCUACUUGAGUUUCUCGGCGAGAACGCUAGCCCAUGCCAACGUCACCUACAACGACUGGCUCUGCCCCGAACGCCUUCAAGCGAAGUCCGCAAUUCUCUGUGAGGUGAGGUGUUUGAAGUGCGUCCUCCUCGGAGGAAUCACAGCCGCCGAGUCCACUGAGUUCCUGUGAGAGAUGGCUCCACCACAUCGAUGGAUGUGGCCUUGGCUCGCGGGCCUGAUCCUCGCAGCGGUUACGACCGAGGCCCACGGAGCUGCCAGGCAAGCUGUGGAAGGCGACAACGAGGACGAAGAUCUGGCCCAGAUGUACGCCUGCUACGCAAACUAUCUCGUUACCCAAAUGUAUAACAAAGUAACCAACGCUGAUUGGAACUACGCCAACAACCUCACGGAGUACAACAAGAACAACAGCGUAAAGGCGACACUGGAGGUGCAAAAACUGGGGAAGGAAGUCUGGAUAAAUGUCACCAAGUACAAGUGGACAAAGUUCGAGGAUCCGGUGACGCGAAGAAUUUUCGAAAAAUUGUCAGUUCUGGGAACUGCCAUUCUGAGCGAUGACAAGCAAAAUGAGCUCCUGAACAUUGUUGCGGAAAUGCAAGAAAACCAUGCUUCGGGAAAGAUAUGUCCUUUUCUCCGAAAAACUAACACGUCAGAGGAAUGCAACUUGUCUUUAGAACCAGAGAUCAAAAACAUCCUCGAGGAUUCCCGGAAUUACUACGAGCUUCAGCACGUAUGGAACGAGUGGCGGAAGGUUGCGGGGAAGCCUAUGAAAGAGAGGUACCUGCGCUACGUCGAUCUCAUGAACGAAGCGGCCAGACUGAACGGCUUCAUGGACGCGAGCGGUCUCUGGCAGGACGUGUACGAGUACGACGGCUUCGAGAGGAACAUGGCCAAGCUGUGGGAGCAGCUGCUGCCGCUCUACCAGGAGCUGCACGCGUACGUGCGCAGCAAGUUGCGUGCCAUCUACGGCCCGGACAAGAUUUUGGAAGACGGACCCAUCCCGGCACACCUGCUCGGUCACAUCCACUCGCAAGAUUGGAUUGCGUUAACCAAAAUGAGCCGACCAUACCCGAACAAACCGGCAGUUGACGUCACAGGUGCCAUGAAAGAAAGGAACAUGACGGUUCUCGACAUGUUCAAGAUGUCUGAGGAGUUUUUCACCUCGAUGGGCCUCCCACCAAUGCCUAAAACGUUCUGGGAGCGGUCGGUGCUGACAAAGCCGACAGAUAGAAAGAUUGUGUGCCAUGCUUCGGCUUGGGAUUUCUACAUCGGCAAGGAUGUAAGGAUCAAGCAAUGCACAGAAGUGAAGAUGGAUGAUCUGCUCACUGUGCAUCAUGAAAUGGGCCACGUUGAGUACUUCCUCAAGUAUGCCAAGCAGCCGAUCUUCUUUAGGACUGGUGCAAAUCCUGGUUUCCACGAGGCUAUUGGCGAUACUAUUGCUCUCUCUGUGGCCACGCUGAAACACCUGAAGGCAGUUGGCCUGCUGCAAGACAGAAUGGAGGACGAAGAAACGGACAUCAACUACCUGCACAGUAUUGCCAUGAGCAAAGUGGCUAUCAUCCCCUCGGUUUACAUUUUUGACCUCUGGAGGUGGAACGUGUUCAAGGGCAACUACAAGCCGGAAGACUACAACAAGGCUUGGUGGACCCUGCUACUGAAUUACCAAGGAAUUUGUCCUGGUGUUCCACGAGCCCCGGAUGACUUCGACCCACCAUCGAAAUACCACAUAUCUGCCAACGUACCAUACAUAAGGUACUUUGCAAGCAUCGUAUUGCAGUUCCAGUUCUACAAGGCACUUUGUGAAGAAGCCAAUCACACUGGCCCAUUGUACAAGUGCGACUUCUACAGGUCGAAAGAAGCAGGAAAAUUAUUUGGAGAUGUAAUGGAGCUGGGAUACUCCAAACCAUGGCCGGAAGCCUUGGCCAUGCUAACGAAAGGCAGGACGAGAGAAAUGGAUGCCAGUGCACUGUUGGAGUACUUCGAACCACUCUAUGUAUGGCUCAAGGAGUACAACAAGGGAACAUACGUUGGCUGGAGGAACGACAACCCAACUGCUUGCCCAACAGCUACGAGAAUGUGCCCUAGAAAGGGAGAAGGCAAAGACAGGAAAGGCAGGGAGGUCAACCAGAAGAGCACCUAGGAAGUAUAAAUAAGCAGAGACUCAACAUUCCAGUUACCUGUUUAAGUAAUUUGCUUUGGCGACUACAUUUCAAGAUCCAUAAAGCUCCUCACACUUAUCAGUGCACAGAAGGUGAUGAAUGAAAACCAGUCACAAAUCACGAGUCUUUUGUAGCAGUCUCUCGUGACGUCGGACACUCUCUCGUAAAUUUCCAAGCGGUGUAUUAGCAUUCACCCUCGUCACGCAUAUGCUCUCACACUGUUUUCGUAAGCGUUAUGAUUUCAAAUGAGGCCUGCUACUUUUGCAUUUAUACAACACUUCUUUGCCAAAGUAGUGAUUUAAGUAGUAAAUGUGUCACAUAUCCUCCUAGGACAAGACAUUACGCGAGCAUCGUAGAAUAUUGUGGAGUUUAGUGCCCCGAAACUGCAGAAGCGGUUAUCAGCGACGCCUGAGCGAGAGGAACGGCGGAUUAAUUUUGAUCACCUGGAGUUCUUUAAAGGGACCACUGAAGAGAAACAUUGCAUUAGUUUAGAUCAAUAAACUAUCAUUUAGAAA